AAGAGCUGGAUAACUAUUGCCGUGUGACCGACACCCAUCGGCAGCUGAACACAAUAACAUGAAAAAGGAUGAGCCCUUCAGGUCCGUAGAGCCGUGCUGAUUGGAGACAUGUUCUAAGACCUUAGCCACCAUGAAAGGGUUAGGAGCCAACCGCAGCCGCCACCUGUCUGACUCCUGUGAGCCAGCGGGAUGCCCACAGAAGUCUCUCUAUCCUUUGACCUCUGACCCUCACAGCGCCUUUCUGUUGAGUCCCAACUUGAACCACUAUGGCACCCUGGACCCCCAUCUCCACCAGUACUCUCCCACCAGCCCAACCAGCCCGAACGCCAUGACCCCGGACUGCCUGCUGCCCUUUAGCCAGAUUUCCAACAGCAGCACCUUCCCUCGUCUGCACUUCAACUCCCAGUCGGCCCAGGUUGACUGCUCCCAGGCCUAUAUGGCUGGAGGAGUUGGAGUGGGGCAGGGCAGCAGGCCAAAUCCACUCUCCACCUCCUUGUCUGUGGGCAUGGGCUUGGGUCUGGGCCUUACUGGGGCUCCCAUGAUCACCAGUGGAUCAGCCACCAUCUCCUCGGCAUCAGCAGCCAAGAUGAAUCGGUUACCCUCCAACCUUUUGGAUCAGCUGGAGAGGCACCUGCCUUUGCAGCGGGACGGCUUCAGCACGCUGCAGUUUCAUAGAGGACGUAUGUCUAAGCAACGCAGUGAGAGCCCGGGACGCAUACGCCACCUGAUGCACUCUGUGCAGAAGCUAUUCGCUAAGUCCCAGUCCCUGGAAAACUCUGCAAUCAAAGGCAACAUUAAUGGGCGCUCUGCUGGAGGGACUGGAUCUGGCGAGGACGGUGGUAGACGCAGGAGCAAGAGUAGAGACAGGGCUAAAACUGAGGGGCCAAAGCAGAGACCGAGGCCCAAUGCAUUAGGUUUGUGGAGCUCGGACGACGCCCUGGACACUGACUCCAGAGCUGGAACUCUUGCUGUAGGUUACCGCAAUCCGCUGACCAUGAUGACUCUCGGUAGAGCGGUGUCAGACAGCCAGGCCGCUCACAGACAUAUCCCACAGGGCUACCACACCAUUUCUGCACAUACCCUCAAGACCUCGAAAAGCAGCAGUGACCUCAAGUUUCUGGCAUGCCAGGCCAACCAGGUAGGAUCCAAGGAUGGAGAGGGAAGAUUCCGAGGAAGCAAGGAUGACAUACUGGUGAAGAGGGGCUCCUGGUCCACUCUCACCCUCAGCCAGGCCAGGCAAGUGUUGCAGAAGGGCUCCACUUCAGUUAACAGGACCCUGCUUAAAACCAAGUCAUGCCACCAAGACCUGGCACAACAGUUUCUUCAGGUCCCUAUGGGGGACUGGGCAGGAACGCUGGGCCGCGGCCGGGGCAGAGGAACUGAGAUCCCCUGUCGGAGGAUGCGCAGUGGCAGCUAUGUGAAAGCAAUGGGGGACCUAGAAGACAGUGAGGAUUCAGAGGGGAGCCCCAAACCCUCCCCCAAAGCGUCUGCCCGUCGCCAAAGCUACCUGAAGGCCACCCAGCACUCCCUGAGUGAGCAGCAGCCGCCUCUAGCUCAACGCAACUCCCUGCCGUCCCUGAAAGAGCUGUCGACUAAUCGGAGCCUCGAUAACUUGGACUGCCUGGUGAGCCCGACGGAGCCCCCCCCACGCUACAGGAGCAAUGAUUUCAGCCAAUGCUCUGCCACACUGGGCAGAGGCUCGACCACGCAGCGUGUGAGUCUGCACACGUACUUUCAGGUAUACGGACACGGCUACGGGCACUCAGUACCGUACUGUGAGGGGGAGUCGCAGGCAGUGGAGGCUCUGGAUCUGCCUGCGCCUACGUGCUUCCGGUCGCGCAGCCACAGCUACCUGCGGGCCAUCCAGGCUGGCUGCUCUCAGGAUGAAGAUACAGCCUCUGCAGACUCAGACUCAUCACCACCCACCACUACAGGCCACAGCUAUUGCUCCAACACAAUCAGCAGUAGGAAGGCUCCUCCUCCAGUCCCCCCCCGCACCACAUCCAAGCCCCUCAUCUCGGUGACGGUGCAGAGCAGCACAGAGUCGGCCCAGGACGUAUACCUUGACCAUCAGGACCGUGGCAGCGAGGCCAACAGCCAAUCAGGACGCAGCAACUCAUCUGACAGUCUCUGUAGCAUCCGCACGGGCAGUCUGGCAAAGGGGACCCGGCCUCCCCCAGUCCCUGUCCCUGCUGCAGCCCCUGCCCCCGCUGCAGGCUCUGUCCAUCCUGUCCCAGCCCCCCGAGACCUCCCUCCUCCCACCACCACCACCAGCAGCAGCAGUGUCGCCACUUCCACCACUUCCACAUCUACCCAGUCCCAAAAUGACACCCUGAGCUUCGGAUUCACCCUACACCAACCGCCGACUGCAACCAAGAGGAAACUGUCCUCUAUCGGAAUCCAGGUGGAUUGUGUUCUUCCAGUGUUAAGAGAAGAACCCUUACCCCUGACUGCACCCCUCACCUUUCAGUCUAUCGGAGUUCAAGUUGAGAACGGCAGGCCUCUCAGCCGGGACAACAGCAUGGCGUCCAGACAAAACACAGAGACUGAGCCUCAGGAAACAGAAAACAUCACAACCAACGGCACCAACAGUCAAACAGUGAACGCCACCAGACAGGACAAAGCCAUGGAGCAGAAGCCCCUCGAACACUCCUCAGCCCCCUCCAGGAUAUCCAACUCGCCCCCGGAGACUCUGGACCCGGCUUUAGACCCCUCCUCGCUGCCACCGCCUGAUCCCAGCCUGGAGACCGGGAACUGUAGCACCCCCGGAGAGGGUGCUCAGCCCGGGACGCCAGCCUGCCUCCGAGACGGGAACUGGUUUAUGAAGCUGCUGCAGGCGGAGGCGGGGCGCAUGGAGGGCUGGUGUCAACAGAUGGAGAAGGAGACCAAAGACAACACGAUUUCAGAGGAGGUGUUGGGGACGGUCCGCAGUGCAGUAGGCAGCGCUCAGCUCCUCAUCACAAAGAAGUUUGAGCAGUUCAGAGGACUUUGUAAUGAGAACUUGGACGUUAAUGCCAACCCACGACCAACAGCGCAGGACCUCGCAGGGUUCUGGGAUCUGCUACAACUCUCAAUAGAGGACAUCAGCAUGAAGUUUGACGAGCUCUACCAACUGAAAGCCAACAACUGGCAACUUCCUGAAAAAGCAGAGAAGAAGGACGAAAACAAGCAGCUUCCAUCAUCUGUGCCAAAGAAGCAGACUAAGCCCAAGCUGUCGGCAGGGAAGGACAGAAGCGUGGACUCGGCCGUGGACAAACAGCGGCAAGAAGCCAGGAAACGCUUGAUGGCGGCAAAGCGCGCGGCGUCAGUACGACAGAACUCGGCCACGGAAAGCGCCGACAGCAUCGAAAUUUACGUUCCCGAGGCCCAAACCCGCCUCUGAGAGCGAACCAGCACAGACCAUCGAGAAAAAAAAAAAAAAAUCCAGACUCACUUCACACAUUCAUUGACACAAAACACACACGGAGACAAACACACACACACACAGAUGCACAGAGGCCGAUCCCUCACAGCAGCUGACGGCGGGAGAAAUGUGGCGAUCACACACCGAAAACAAUCCAGAAUAUUGCAGACUAUCCCCCCCCCUGCUGCCAUGGGACAGAAAUAACCAUGACACAUGUUUAAUACUAUUGUUAUUAUUGACAUUAUAAUAAUUAUUAUCUCCUUAAGUAUAUCAGGACUGUCUUAAAUGUGCAAGUAUCUUGGAUAAGGACAUCCUGUACCACGUGAGCUGAAGAAUCUUGGUAUCCCAGAAGUUUACUCUCUCUCUCUUAAAUAUCCCUUCACUGCUGAGUCUACCGGCAACUUGUGGCUGCCUGGUGGUCGAGCGGAGCUACCAUACACACACACUCAGGACACACAUGCAGGUGUACUCACUGUCCACAGAGUCUUCCUGUUCUCUAUUUGUAUUAGGCUGCUACUCGUCGGGUGUGCUGUGUACGCGUUACUGCGUACCAAUCAAAAGGAGGGGUUGGAGGUUUAACAAAUGCAGAGAACCAGAGGAAGGCAGUAGCAUAUAUAUUAUAAAUAUCACACUAUUACAAUGUUCAUUUUGUAAAUGUUGUAUACCAGAUUAUUUGUUAGAAAGAGGUCAGUGUUCAGUACCACGGUAGUUUUUUAUAGAUCGAGUACAUGUAAUUUCAUGAUAUAUUAGCACUCCACCUCUCUUUCUCUCUUCCUCUCCUCAUCACAAACGCACACUCCACAGUCUGUGUCUGUGAAUAGCCAUCGUUAAAGUCUUACAUUUGUUUUUGUUUUUGUUGUGAAGGCACGUGAGGAAUGACUGCCCUGCCAGUGAGCUACAGGAGGAAUGUAUGAGGUUGUAUGCAUUUACAGCUCAUGUUGACUUGAUCACUGCACUUUUCCAUUCACCUCAGAUCGAGUUUGCUCACCUUCGUUUGCCUGAUUAUUCUGAGUUUCACUGCAUCCUCACGCGAUGUAGGGGACCAAGACAUUCACCACUUGUUAUGGCAUUCCCAUUCAACAGCACUGCGUGUGAUAGGGUGGGAGUUUACUUGCCACUGGAAAGGAAAUGGAUCAGCAUAGCAAUAAUAAAAUCGCUUCGGAUCGGGCACCGCAGUAGAUACAAGUUUUAAAUUAUUUAAUUCAACAUUUCCAAUACAAGUUUAUCAUGAAGGAUGAAUGUUUAUUUCUUUUAUGAACUGACUGCCCUUGAAACAAAUCUCAGGUUGAACACAAACUUGACAGUAAAAACCACUAUGGAUGGAUUAUUUAUUAUAUAACCACAAAUUAACUGGCCAAAUGCUUAGAGACAUUGACAAGUAAUUGAAAUCCAAAUCGUUUUCUUCAGUAAGAAAAAUAAGGUUUGGCGCAGUCACGUGCGUUCUUAAUGGGCCGUCUCCUUCGCUGCCCUUUCUAGCAGCUUGAACUCCCACCCCUCUUUGGCGAGAAUGAACUGUGGUACAUAUUUUUUUAAUUUAAAUGUUAAAGUAAUUUGAAAUGUUGUUGACUUUCAUCCGAAAUGAAGUCGACCUAAACACGUCAUGACUUCUGUUCUUAUAAUAAUUAAUGGUGCUGCAAGGGAAUCCAUAAAGUGCCAAGAAGGCAACGAUCAUCUGCAUUUCAGUGUCAUUUGAUGAAGCUUUUUAUUUAAAGUGAUUUCUUUUCAUUUAAGUUCAUCAUGAAUUCAGCGGUGUGUCUGUGUGCGCAUUCUCAGCCAAGUUUGCUUGUGUUUGCAUCAGCUCACUCCGGAAAUGCUAUGCCUUGUCUUUGUCUCAGAUCAUGAGUAUUGGACUGGAUUAUUCCACGUUUAGUUUUUCCCAAAUGGAAACAAAAGUGCCAAAUGGUACAUGAGUGGAACUGGGCAUAGCAGAUACUCAUGCAGUGUAGUUUCACUCACUAGUUUUAGUUUUUGUCUGCAAGAGCUGGCUCUCCCCCUACUGGUCAGUCCUUGCGUGAAACUCCAGACAUCUUGUUUUGCUCCAUUUUGAAUCUUUUAGUUGACAUCACAUAAGAAAAUGAGGUUGAACUGGGAAUGCUGACACAACACCAAGUUGAUGAUUUUCUUAUUCUCUUGUUUGUAAUACAUCAACAAUGGACAUGUACAUUUCAUUGUCCAAAGAAAUCAUUAAACAUCCCUUUGCUACA